UGAGUGGUGUUGGCAGGGAGUUUGAAGUAUUUUUUUUAAAUAUUGAAUAAAAAUAUUACCUAAUAUAUGGCAGCCCUCAGAUCAUUUACAUCUUAAUUAUGUCCUGGUUAAAUUUUAAUGACAGUUUAAAUUCUCUAAAGGGUCAAAUUAAUGCUUUUGCUAGCAAUGUUUUGGCAGAAGAUGAAGGGCAAGAAUUAUCAGACACUGAUUGCAAGGAACUCAAAGAAUUGUGUCACCACCAAGAAUUGGAAAUUAAAAAAUUGAGAGAAGAACUAGAGAGAGGACAGACCCGGUCUAAAGCUGAAUUCGCCCUCGACAGUAAUGAUGCAUUUCCAGCCUCGAUAAAACCACAAGAUGAUUCGAAUGGAUCUUGGAACUGGGAUGAUAAUGAAGAAAGCGAUUCAAAAGUACCAAUUGAAACAAUUUCCACCCUAAAGAAAAACAUUGCUACAUUGGAAACUGAAAAAGCAGAACUUCAAGUGCAGUUAGAACAACUUGAUGCUGAUAACCAAGAAAAUCUGCAAAAUAUCAUGAGAAUAAAAGACAAAUUACAUGUCGAGUUGAACGAACUUAACGAAAACUAUGUAAAAGUAAAGGAAGAAAACGCAAUUUUGAUUAAAGAAGUACAAUCACUAAAGCAGCUACAAGAAGGAGAUGGAAUCAAAAAUAAGUCUAAAGAUGCAGAAAUUUUCGACAACCUGUCAGAUACUAACAAAAAAUUGAACAAUGAACUUGAAAAAUUAAAAAAGGAAUUGCACGUUAUUAAAAGUUCAAAUGAGACCUUCCAAAAAAUUAUAGAAAACAGUAAAAGAACCGAUGCAAAUGAUUUUGAAGGAAAAAUUAAAAUACUAGAAGAAGAAAAGAAAUUACUUUACUCAGAAUUAAAGAAAGCUAACGAACAGAUAUUAUUUUUCGAAAAAAAGAGUAUAGAAGAUGAAGAUAACUGUCAAAAACUAGCUGUUAUUUUGGAAUCAUACGAAACGCAAGUAAGUUCUUUGAAAAAAGAAGUAGACGAUUACACUAGUAAAUAUGAAGAAUCUCAAAAACAUCAAAAAGAAUUGGAAAAACUUUACAACAACUUGAAAUUUGAAUAUGAAAGUUUAGAAAAGAAACACCAAAAUGACGUAAAGUCAAUGCAAGACGAAAUAAUAAACUUAAAAUCUCUGUUAGACCAAAAGAACCAAAACGAUCAAGAAGAAGAAAUAGCGCGUUGGAAAAAAGAAAUUGAUGAUUUGAAAAAAUUGAAUGAAGAUUUACAAGUGAAAGCUAGUGGAAGAAUGGACAUAUAUUUAGAAGAAGAAUUAAAUGAUAUUCGAGAAGAACAUGAAACUCAGCUAAACGUUUUAAGAGAAGAAUUGGAGCAGUUAAAAAAUCAAGACGACUGUAAUAAUAAAUACGAAGAUAUCAACAAACAAUAUAAGGAAAUUGAAAACCUCUACAAUGAGUUGAAAAAUGAACAUGAGAGUUUACAGAAACAAUACCAAAUCCAAUUAGAGGAUGAAAAGAAAGAUCAAACUGCAGAAAUAGAACGCUGGAAAAAGGAAAUUAUCGAUUUAAAAACAUUAAACGAAGAAUUACUAGUAAAAGCUAGUGGAAGAAUGGAUUUGGAUUUAGAGGAUGAAUUAGAAACCAUUCAACAAGAACAUGAGGUUCAAUUGAAUGUAUUAAGAGAAGAACUAGAGCAGCUAAAAUGUCAAGAGAACAAAAAUAUGACUGAUAAUGAUAAAUUUGAAGAACUAGAGGAAAAGAAGUUAGACGUAACUAGAGAACUUAAUGAUUUACAACAACAAUAUGCAUUUUUACAAGAAAAUCAUAAAGUUAGUUUAUAUGAACUACACAAUAAAUAUAUAAAUAUUAUUACAGACAAUAUUAAAAAGUUCCAAGAAUGCGAAAAACCAUCGGAUUUCGAACACUGCGUCCAUGAAGAUGAUCCUCAAGCAGCAGAAUUAUGCAAACAUAUAGAAAAUAUAAUAAAAAUACUUUUGGAACUAAAAUGCAAGUCAGCAGAUCUAGAACAGCGAAUUCUAGAAAUCACAGAGGAAAAAAAUGCAAUUCUUGUUGACAAAAACCACGAAAUUGAAAAAUUAAUACAAAAUUCUGACUUGCUAACUCAAGAAAUUGUAGCCAAGAAUCAAACCAUUAAAGAAUAUCAAACCGAAUGUAAUGAAAUUGCUCAAAAUAAUGACCUGCUUAUAAACGAACUUGAAACUUGUAAAAGCAAUCCCGGUUUGCAAACAAUCUCAGAGUCGAACGAAGACAGCAUGAUCCUUCUUGAAUUACAAUUAGAAAAUGCCAAUAAAAGAAUCGAAGAUCUGGAAAAAAUAAUUAAUUAUUUGGAAAAGCAGAAACCUCAUGUAGAUACAUUGGAUGGUGAAAAUUUAGAAAACGCUGUUAUAGAAAAUGCUGCACAAAAACUUAAUAGAACAAAAACGAAAAUGAAAGCUACGCAGAAAGACGAAGAAAGUUUUGAUCAAUUUGACGAUUUGGAAAACCAACAAGUAGAUACAAUGGACGGUGAACAUUUAGAAAAAUCAGAUUUAGAAAAUGCUAUAGCAAAACUUAUUGAAACCAAAACGGAAAUUAAACACAAGAACAAAGAUUACGAUACGUUGUUGAACAGUUUCGAUCAACUACAAAUUCACUGCGAUUCUUUGAAAAAAGAACUUUACGAGACCGCGGAAAAUUUAUCAUUCUCGAAUGAAAAGAAUUUGAAUCUAAAAACCACUCUAGAAAAACUGAAAAGUGAAUAUGAAAUGUUCGAAUAUCAAAUAAGUGAACUGAACAUGAAUUCUGAAAGUUUGAAAGAAGAAGUGGAAGAAUUUAAAGCAAAAUUCAACGCACUUCUGUCCGAAAACUCCAAACUAAAACUCCAAAACGAAGAAUUCAUGAAAAGUUCUACAAAUCACAUAUACCAAAUAGACAUGCUAAAACAACAUUUAACUAUAGGAGAAGACAACAAGAAAGCAUUAGAAUCGCAGAUAGAAACCCUCACAGAAAAACUAAAAACCUGUAAAAUGGCGGAAACAACUCUAAAACUACAGUACGAACAAAAAAGUAAAGAACUUGCAAUCCAAUCAGAAGCUAGGUACAACUUGGAAGUGACGUUGAAUAAGAUGAACACAGAUCUUGCUGAAUUCCAGAAUAAUUUCGUGGAACUGCAAGCUCAAAACGAUCAGUUACAAAUUCAGCAAGAGAAAUUACAACAAGCGUUAAUUGAAAAAGAUAAAAUGGUGAAAGAGCUCGAAAAUACGAAACAGAUUCAAGAGAAAUUAGAUAAUACAGAACUAAUAGAUCGUUCCACUACUACCGAGAAUAAAGAAAAUAAUGAAAAAGUUGUAAACGAAGAUUACAACAACCUCAAGCAGAUUUUAGAUGAAACAGUGCUAGAAAAAGCCAAUUUACACGCACAAUUAAGUAAACUACCCGAAAUACAAUCGCAAUUAAAAGAAGCCACAGAAAGAUGUUCUACAUUACAUCAACAACUCCAAGAGGUUACAAAUUCUCGUAACGAAUUAAUCAACAUGGUGACAAUGAAGCACCAGGAAAACGUAACAUAUCACAAUGAAAUUCAAAGAUUGAACCAAGUGUUAACUAGUGAAGUCGAUAAAUAUAGAAACCUAGAAAAGCAGUUUAACGAAAUCAAAUCCAAAGCUUCCGCUGAGGAUAUACAGGAAAAAAAUAAAGAAUUGGACAAACUUACGGAUCAGAAUAAUUUUCUGAGAGAAAAAUGCGAAGUCAUAGCUAAAAAUCUUCUAGAAGAACAGUCCAAAGUACAGCAGUUGCUAGCUGAACGAUCCGUGCCAUCCGAAAACGAAAAAAAUCUUCAAAAGAAACUCGACAGACUGCAAGCUCACCUCAUAGAAUCAGAGGAACACUACACGGAAGAGCUAUACCAAGCUGAGCAGAAGAACCAAGCUUUAAAAACGAAAUUAUUGGAGUUGGAAAAGAAAGAAAAAAGUUCUAGUACCAUGUACACUUCCGUUAGUAUAAGAGCGAAUCAACAAGUAGAAUCGUUGCAAAGCCAACUUCAAAGUGUGAUCCAAGAGAGGGAUUCAUUAAGGAAGCAGAUUUCUGAUGCUGAGGAUGAAAAUACGAAGCAAGCUGCCGCUUUGGCUAAUUUGCAGUUUGUAUUGGAGCAAUUCAGAAAAGACAAAGAAAAAGACGUAAUGAAAGAAACCGAAAGAAUACGUCGUCAUAUCAACACGGAAAAGCAGAUACAAGAGGAAUUAAGAGCUGAAAUGUCUAACCUCAAAUCGCAACUAGAAGAACGCAAUCAAGGUUUACUGGCAGCUGCCAGGCUAUCGGAUCAACUUGAAUCAUCUAAAAAAAUCGUAUCUGGAUUAAAAGAAGAAGUAACUCACCUCCAGUCGAAGCUUUCAAAAACAGAAGAUGAAUUAAAGAACGCUCUGAGUAACACUGAUGGAAAAGUUGACAAAUUACUAAUAAAAAACCUAAUCCUGGGAUUCGUGAUGACCAACAACAAUCUGAACCGAGACCAAACCCAAAUACUAAGAAUAAUCGCGACUGUUUUAGAUUUUAACCAACAGGACCACGAUAAAGUAAAACUAAACAAACCCCAACAAGGUUGGCUAUCUUCGUUUUUAGCACCGGAACCGGACAGUCAAAAGCUGAGCGAAGAAUCUUUAUCGAGGGCAUUUAUUAAAUUUUUGGAGAACGAAAGCAAACCUAGAGUGGUGCCUAGUCUUCUGAACAACGCUACACCGGCAGAUUCUACUUCUACCACCAAAUCGACAAACAGUAGAUCAACCACGCCUGGACAGACGCCCAUCGUAUUGAGUGAGAUUGUAUUGCCAACAUUUACGGAUUUUGCUCAAAACCGAAAUUCUAGUUCAAUACUGAAAGAUGUGCUAAAAGAUAAUAGUUAGAAUAUAGAAAAUAAUAAGUAUUGUGAUAUUCUUUGAGGUAUAAAUUUGUAAAAUGUAUCGAAAAAUUGUAUUAUUUAUAUAUUUUGGAUUUGUUCAUAUUUUAUAAAGUUUUAAUUGUAUAUAGGGAUUAAGAAGUAAUAUUUAUGUAAAUAAACGGCAAAAUCUUUUAA